GGAAGAUACAAUUCGCCGGAACAUAUCAACAUAGAGCAGGGGACAGGGGAAGCAGCUGAAAGUCAAAACCUGUCAGCCGCUUCAUAACUUGGCACAAAAACGCUUCGGCUAACAUAUGGGCACUUACUUCAUUAGUGAGUGAGACACUUAAAAUGAAAGAAUAAUUUGGUGUUCGUAAAGCGACAAUGUGCUUCUGGCGUUCUGAAGGCAAGCGUUCAUUCCCCCGCAGUGAAAUGGGCGCGCUCUGUGUUAGAACCAGCCUAGCUGCGAAUUGUUACAUUGUUGCAUUGUGCUCCUGAACUGUGUCGAUUUCACGUCGUCCCCACGUUGGGAUAGACCCUAUAAAAUAAGACACCCGAGACAAGGCAAGAGGACUGCAUUCCGCCUCUGCAAGGACGAAGAGGAUUUUAUCCCCUCGGAUCAACUUAGUUUUCCCCUCAAACUCCAACUUCUGAGAACUGGUGUGACCACACGAGCCAAAAUGGGUAAACAAAAUAGUAAACUGCGUCCUGAAGUCCUUCAGGAUCUUCGAGAAAACACUGAAUUUACUGACCACGAGCUCCAGGAGUGGUACAAAGGAUUCCUGAAAGACUGUCCAAGUGGAAAUCUGACUGUUGAAGAAUUUAAGAAAAUAUAUGCAAAUUUCUUCCCUUAUGGAGAUGCCUCCAAAUUUGCUGAGCAUGUGUUCCGCACCUUUGACACCAAUGCUGACGGAACGAUUGAUUUCCGAGAAUUUAUUAUUGCCCUGAGUGUCACCUCGCGUGGCAAGCUGGAGCAGAAAUUGAAGUGGGCGUUCAGCAUGUAUGACCUGGAUGGGAAUGGGUACAUCAGUCGGGAUGAAAUGCUGGAGAUUGUCCAGGCAAUCUACAAGAUGGUAUCCACCGUGAUGAAGAUGCCUGAUGAUGAAGCAACACCAGAGAAAAGAACAGAUAAAAUCUUCAGACAGAUGGACACAAAUAACGAUGGUAAAUUGUCCCUUGAAGAAUUCAUUAAAGGUGCCAAGAGUGACCCCUCCAUUGUACGGUUACUACAGUGUGACCCAAGCAGUGCAUCUCAGUUCUAAUGGGACAUGAUUGUAUCGCACUGAUCAUCUGAAGUAAAGGAGCGAGCUUUCAUUCCAGCUGGAUUGCCAACCCUUUGUCUGACCUCCAUCUCAUCAUGAAUUGAUCUUCCUGCCAUAAGAGGGUGAAUGACUAACACGGACAGCAUAGUCUACCCACGCUGUCUUCAGAGGAGCUUAUAGUCACUGCGCUGUUACUUUUGUUUUGUGUUUUCUGUGCAAUGGACACUUCAAAAAGCAGGCAUGCCAACACUUAUAGGGCACCAGGGCAUUGUGUGCAAAGCUCUCCACUAUGGUUCAGAAUAAUGCACAUGUCUAUUGUUGGCCCAUAACCUGAACAUAAAAUUGACAUCACGAAUGUAAAAAUGCCACAUAAGGGAGCUUGCAAACACGCUUCGAGUGCAUUGUAGCUGCUCUAGUUAUUGCUCUUGUUGUACAAACCAACAACUACAGUUCCCAGAAUGAUCUAUAUUACUCUGCAAAUGAAACUAUUAGAUUAUUUCACUUGCAGAUUCACCCAGUGAGCCUCAGAUCACUGUGGGAAGUAUAGUUUAUGCUUAGAAAGCAGGAAGACAUUACGGACCUAUUUGUGAGGGGAGGUAUAAGCUGAGGUUAAAUGUUUAAGUGGCCCUCGUGCACAGUGGAGCUGUUGACAUAUAUACAAAAUGUAUCCUGACCAUAACUUUGGUUGCAUUUUAAAAAAAAGGCCUGUUUUAAUCAAGCACCAUAUAGUCCCCUUUCUAAGCUUCCCAUAUCUAGUAGAUUCCCAAAGCAUGGUUUGAUCCGUUGGAACAAGUGGCCUUUUAUUAAACAGUAAUGACAAUGGGCUGCUGCCUAAAUUAUUGAAAAUCACUGAUUCUUCCUUCAGUUUGUGUCAAACCAAAAGUGUGGUCCACCUCCAUGAUUCCAUUUCACUACACUGGGAAGAGGGAAAACAAUUAGUGGGAGUGGGGCAAUGAAGUACCUACCUAACUCCAAACCCACAAAAAUUGUCAUCCUAACAAAACAGAUCUGAUGAGCCUGGAGUUUGUAGUGAAGUGCAGUAAAAUAAUAAUAGAUGUCACUCUAGUGGAAAAGGCAAGUCUGCAGCAUUUUAGACUUAGUAGUAAAUAAUCAUUUGUGUUGGUGCGUAAGUGCUCCCAAGUGCAGAAGUCAUGUGAAUUUGAUUUAUGCACCAGAUUUACAUAGUAUAUCUUGCAUCUAUCAAACAUUACGGCCAAAACCCAGUGACCAAUGUAAUUCAUGGUUGUUAGAAAUGUACAAGGGAAUACUGUGAACAAAUGGGCUAGAUGCAAGGUCUUCCUGCCUGAUAUUAUUACUGUCUUACCAUGUUAUAAUAACUGGAAUAAAAAUCCUUUAAUUCUUGUUAUGAGUAUACUGAAUCUGCUCUUGCAGGGGUGUUUUGUGUGCUUCAGAAAUGAAGGCGGAGCCACUGGCAGUGCAUGUUAGAUCAUGGUAUCGGAGGAAUUGUAUUAAAAGGUAAAUGUAUUUUUAACAGUGUUGUAAUUCAUCUUCAAAUACUAUUCUAAAUUAAAACAUCAUUGUUUUAAAGCAAGAAUUGAA